AACAUCCAGAUCCUGGACAUGGACCUUCCAACACGGACGACUAUAGACUAUCAGGAGCCGGCAAUCGCCCCGACYGUGGCAGCAGCUCUGAGGGACGCUCUCAGGGAUGAGGAUGAGAUCCAGGUAGAUGCCUUAGGCUUUUACAGCAGUUUAGGACCAACCCCACCAGCCAGCGCUGUCUCCAGCCUCAAGAAACCAAAGUCUGGUCGACCCAGAACCGGCAAGAAGUCAAGCACCCCGACGUCUCCUUUCAGCCCCUCCAGUCCAGGAUCUCCUCUUUACCCACAAUGCCGCGGCCUGGUGCCCAAGUGACAGCUUCUGCCACCACUAUCUCUACCACUGACCUCUCUCGUGCACCUUUCCACUUUGGGACUCAACUUUGAGAGAAUGGGUUUGGUUCUAGUUGUUUUUGUUGUCUGGACUACAGAAUCUGGGAUUCUGUAAACAUUCAAGAAAACUUUCGUACUAAUGCUGCUUUAUAGGUUUUAACUGUAGCCACACCACUAUUAACUGUUGUCAUGAGCUUUUUCCUUUGGAGAUUUGAAACCCACUCAUCCUGAGUGUGAYCCAAUACAACYCCAGGGCAGCAGCCACGCCUGAAGCCUCACAUCACUCCACACUGCUAUUAGCUGCUAUGAAUGUCUUACAUUUCACACUCACUUACACAGUGUUCUUAAUGUAUGCGAAAAAAAAUGAAGGGGUGUGUUUGUGUGUGCUGAACAUUUGUAUGUGUGUGUGUCUUGUUGUCCGUUAAGCUGUGCUGUCUUAUUCUGAUGAUUUUAAGGUGCAGGUGUUUUGUGUCUUUAAAGGAAUAGUUCCACAUUUUAGUAAGUAUACUUUCUUGCCAGAUGAGAUGACCAUCACCAAUCUCAUGUCUAUUGAAGCCUGAAGUAAUCAGCUUGUCUUGGCUGGCUUCACUGGUUGCCUGGCAACCUCAUGGUGACAAGGAGGCUCCAGGAAGUCUUAAUGCUAAGCUAAGCUAAUCACCUACUGGCUGUGGCUUCAUACUCAGUACAGACAUUAGAGUAACAAGUGAGGGUAUUUCCUAAAACAUUGGACUGUUCCUUGAGCUGUGUUUGAUUGUAUAGUCAGAAAGUCACCUGUCACCGGUUGCUGUAAAGAGAAAAUGCUGUUCUUCCUGGGGCACAUCAGAUGGAGGCAGGAGCGGUGGGAGAGAGCUGCUCACAUUUACAUAAACAUUCUGGGCUUAGUGACACUGCAGUAGGCCACCGGACAUCCCAGCAGGAGAUGAAUGCUAAUCACACCCUGAGUCACGGAACACUUACUUUUCCACUGAUGCUGUUGCUCAGGUUCAUCAGGGUUCCACGGUGCCUUAAACUGUGCCCUUCAGCUCUGCUCCUUCAUUUUAGGACUGCUCACACAUUCAAACACGCUCUUCUAUGUCAGUGUUAUUUUGUCUGCUCAUUCAUUUUGACAUCAAGGAAUUAUUUACAGCACAGUCCUGACAUUCCAGUCAGAAUGAAAGAAAUGGAGAGGCAGAGCAUGUGGGCACAGCAAUCAACUGUGCAGAAGAGGGAUGUCAUGUUCAUGUCAUCUACUUCUGUUAGUGAGAAAAACUGGUCUAACGGAACACUCAAAACCCUGAGUGUUGAUCUUCACAGUAUUGUGGUGGUGCCUCAAAACUCAGUCAAAACACUAUGUACUUAAAUAGAUCUGAAACAGUGACUGAAUAUAAAGAUGGUUGACUGGUCUCCGCCUCCUCAGCAAACAUGGAAGAGGUGGGGUUUAUGAUCCAUACUGCAGCCAGCCACCAGGGGGCGAUCAAGAUGUUUUGGCUUCAAAUUUAUCAUGUUGACCAUCAUUAUGAACAGUCUCUGAUCUCAACAUGAACCAUUCCAUUUGCCUGCAGGUGAACAAUAUGCAGUUUUGACCUCCACUGUUCAGUCUGCCUCUCUGCUGCUCUUUGUCAUGCAUACUCUUCACUGAAGGGUUGGGCAAUGUCAACUUAAUUGGCAUAUGACAAUGUAUGCAGUGAAACAUUGUGAUGGACAAUGACAUUGGCGGAGGUCAUC